AUGGAGAAGGAGAAGCGUAGAAAGCGAUACACGCAACGCUGGGAUUUCAGCCAGGAGAAGCAUUACAGGUCGUUCAACAAACAGACUGGAUAUCCUCCGGUUCUACUGUAUGUCGGAUUCUUCACAUUGCGAUCGAUACCGGUUGGAAUUGCCAUCUUAUCGAGGGCUCGUCAGAUUAAAGUUGACUGA